GGAUAGUAAUUACAGAAUUAUUUUUGCGAUUACUGAAUUUACAGUUUAAACAUUGUUAAACAAAUACAGUAUGAAGAAUGUUCAAACCUCCGAGACUUCCUCAACGUCCAUAUCAUUACAACAUUCUUCACCUGAAGUUAUUCAACUUGCAACAAACUAUGCAUCCAAUUAUCUGGAUUAUGUUGAAAACUUGCCAUUUGAUUUACAGAGAAAUGUGACAAAACUUAGAGAAGUGGAUCAGAAAUGCAGAGAGCAUGUCAAAGAAAUUGAAACUUUGUAUGAAGGCUUCAUGAAGGAGAACGAUGGAAGUACAGGUGUUAGGAAAAGAACUUAUUUAUUACAGAUACGUCGAUUAUUUGGACUUUGCAAAGAAUUGGGAGAUGAAAAGAUCGCUAUAGCUCAAAGUAUGGCGGAGGAAAUAGAAAUGAGAAAUAAGCAAUUGGAGCAUGGUUGCAGAAGGUUCAAACUCUCCUAUGAGCCGAACAUGAAGUCAGAUCAUAAUGGAAAAAAAGACAAGGAAGGAAAAUCAGAAGCAGGAAAAGGUCACAAACGCUCUCGAAGGCAGCGUAACAAUCAAUCAGUUGAAAAGCAAGAGAAAGUGAAUCAUUCACACAAGGACCAAGAAAGGGUUACCAAAAGUCAUCAAGAAGAUGUGGAUGAACCACCAGCUAAAGUUAUGGCACCAUCAUCUCCCGAGCAUUCCUCAAUAACAAUACCUACCCCUGCACUAACCAGAGCUGCACAGAGAGAUGAAGAUAAAAGGUUGUCCAACAAGUCGUCCAAAGACAAAAAAGAAGAGAAGCAUGAAAAAGCCGAAGAACCUGUUUCUGCAACAACUUCAUCAUCCACAAAAACUAUAUCUGAAUUAUCGUCUACUACUCCUAGCACAGCAUCGACAACUUCUGGCACCCCAUCGACUCCCACCACUUCCAAACAAAAUAAAAAUGCAUCGGCAUCAGCAACAUCUACUAAUUCUACGAACAAAAAUACAAACAAAGGAAAGAAAAAGAAACGAAAGUCAAACAAACACCAAACAGAAAAGCAAUCCAGCAACAGUGGUGAAGUAUCACCCAUUGUUGACAUGCCGAUCGAUCCAGAUGAACCAACCUAUUGCCUCUGUCAACAAGUUUCAUUCGGGCAAAUGAUUGGUUGCGAUAAUAUGAAAUGUCCAAUCGAGUGGUUUCAUUUUUCAUGUGUUAGACUCACACACAAGCCGAAAGGAAAAUGGUUUUGCCCAGACUGCACAACAAAGAGAAAACGAGAGGGAAAACGGGGAGAUAAUAGAUGAACUUCUACUUCCAGUUAAAAUCCAGCUCUAAUUUUCAGAAGUGACAAUCAUCUUGAUUUAAACAUUUUUCAUUAAUGUCAGCCCGGCCAAAAAUGUAUUUUUUUUUUGCACACUCCCCAUUUUGUGUAUUUAAUAUUCACAGAAAUACACUUCAACUAACUUCCUUUAUGAAUCUUUGAUUUUAAUAGCCCCUUGUCUGAAAAUAUUUACUUAUAUGUACACGUAUUAUCAAUCCAAUAUAAAAUGAGAAGAGAAAAAAAUUCUAUGUGUACAUGCAAAAAAAAACAAUUAUCCUAACCUCUGAAACAUAUAAUUGGAACUAAAUAAGAUUUUUGAUUGUAUUUAAUAUCAGAUUUUGAGAAAACGAUGAGGUGUAUUAUUCUAUAUGUGAUAAGUUGAAUAAAACCUUGUUUCUCAAGCUGCUAGAAAUAUGAAAGCUGCUUAGAAUCUUA